AUGAAAGCUUCUAAACCUGAUAGUAUUAUUAUCGCAAUUGCUGGUGGACCAUAUGCUGGAAAGAAACGUUUGUGCAACGAGCUUCUUACCCGGUUAGAAGCUCUCUCUCCGUCCACAAAAGCUCACAUUUUGCAUUUGUCCUCCUUCUUGUAUCCUGGACAAACGAAUCGCUAUUCCUUGGAUUCUUACGAUAUAAAAGCAUAUAAAGAAGCUCUAGUAGCAAUUCAGUGUGGAAAUGAGCGCAUUCCUCUUCCUGAUGGAAAAGAAUUAUGCUUUUCUCCUGAUAAGGAUCGCGUCGUCUUCACCGAAGGUUAUUAUUUACUACUACCAGAACUACUGCCUUCCUAUACUUCAAAGUUGUUUGUUUACGCUGAUGGAGAUACAAGAUUAGAACGUUCGGUAAUUCGACGAGUUUGCGGAGACCAUGAAGUUUUGGCUGAAGUUUUAGACGAUUUUGUUCAAAAUGCUAAACCUGCGUAUGAGAUGUCUAUUCAUCCUACACGAGAAAAUGCAGACAUUAUCCUUCCUCAGAGAGCAGACAUUCAAUCAGCUCUUUUGUUUGUCAUUCAACAUCUUCAGGAUCUUUUAGAGGAAUUAAAUCAGCCAAAGCUGAUAAGUUCCGUUCAUUAUGAUCCUUUACAUGAAAAAUACAUGAAGCUUGCUCAUGAAAUGGCUGAAACGUCCUUGGCGAACCGAGAAGUUCCGGUUGGAUGCGUUUUUGUAUAUAAGGGGGAAGUGAUUGGUAGAGGAUAUAACCAGACGAAUUGCAGUCUAUCCGGAAUACGACAUGCAGAAAUCAUAGCUAUUGAAGAGAUUUUGGAGAAGUAUCCUUCUUCUGUCUUUUCGGAAACUACGCUUUACGUUACUGUAGAGCCGUGUCUUAUGUGUGCUGCAGCACUAAAACAGCUGCAUAUCGAAGCUGUUUAUUUUGGAUGUGGAAACGAUCGAUUUGGUGGCUGUGGAAGUGUAUUCAGUAUCAACAAAGAUCCGUCUAUUGAUCCAAAGUAUCCAGCGUAUCCUGGACUAUUUCGACCGGAAGCAGUUAUGCUAAUGAGACGGUUUUACGUUCAAGAAAAUGCAAAAGCUCCUGUACCCCAAGCGAAAAAGCAAAGGGUAUUAAAGCAUAAUAUUGAACAGAUGGACAUUACUCGAUACGUGUAA